UAUCGUCUUCUCCCUUAUUAUGAAGGCUCAUAAAGUGUACUUUUUUUAUCAAUUUAAAGCCGGCCGUACAAAUAUGCUACUAUAGGCUUCCAAAUGGACGUUAUAUUAAUUACCAAAACAAUCACAACGAGACACAAAAUAAGUCACCAAUUAUGAAAGCCUAAAGGCAACAACUAAUUAGUAACUAAACAAAGCAUGGUCAACUUAAUCUUAUUAAUUAAUCUAAGUACAACAAGCACCAAUUAUUUGAAAUAUCACUUGAAUACAAUCCUUUAUUAUCGAUACAAUAAUCAUCAUACAUUAUUUUACAUGGCAUGACAGUCACCCAAUGAAAAAUAGACAAUCUGAUCGACUAAACGUAACUGAGACCAACGAAACGAAUAUUUGAUAAACUCACUCAUAUUGGUUGAUCCAAACAUUCGCUCCAAAGCCAUGAUUCUCAAGAAUGACUCUAUACGGUUCAAACCAAUAGGUUCAUUAUCUAACAUUUAUGGGCAUCCACGAUCCAAUUUUAGGGCAUCAAUAUGCUUAAGUAAAAACAAAGUGUAGCAUUUAAUUUAAUGUGUGUUAGUUAAGAGCUAGUAACAUGUAUUUGAUUACAUUAGUUGGUCAAGAAAAAAGCCAACUAUUUGCAUACUUUCCAUUUUUAUAUAGAAUGUACCCUUGUCUUCAACUUGAAGGAGAAGAUAAGUACUGAAGUUUUCUUGUUAGGUGCAUGAUUAGUUCUUCCUACAAUACGUUAUACCACAUAAAUCACAUAUAAAUGAUAGAUUGAAAUCACGUUUGGUGUGAAUUUUAUGCUACACCUCCUCUUGAAGAAAGGAUAAUCCAUCGAUUAGUUUGAACUUUGUAUGAAUUUAUUAUGACUCACUUUUAUAUUGCUAAAAUAAUAUAAAAUUGUGAGGAUUCGAAAAUGAAACUUUUGGUCAAUUCAUUAAAUAUUAUGUUGGUAGGUAGUUUAUUCUAAUAAUGUAUGUUGUUAAAGAAAGUCGAAGUUUUCAUAAUGUAUCUUCCUCUUACCUCUCAAACAAAAACUAGUAUGCUAGAUGUGAAGUCGACAACUCAAUAUAUCGUCAAUGCUAACAAUCAACAUUCAUGUUAUCAAAUUUCUGAAACAAAAUACUACGUACAAUGUAAGUCACUCCAAUAACUCGAGUUUUCCAGAAAACUUUUCCCCACCGGCCACCCGUACUAAACUGGUUUUGGUCCAUGUGUGGGUUCGCACACAUCACUUUCGAAUUUAAGAUCUCAUUAGUCUCGAGUGAUGGGAAAGAACAAAGAAGAUGGGGAAAACUAAAGCCAAAAAGGGCUCUAGCUUGUUGUGAAGGUUAUAGCCAAUUUCAUGAUAACAAGGGCAUAGUACUAUAGCCCCACACCACACCCUUGUUUCAUUGGCCAAAUGCAUGCCUCUUCCUUACCAACUCAAAUCACCAAUCUUUGCUUAUACCCCAAAGCAUCCAAACUGCAACAACUUCCCUUUAGGCCCUCUCCUAUCUUUCUUCAAUAUAGAUGACUUGGAUUCCUUGUGAUUCAAGAAAGGUGAUGGGAAUCAUUGAAAUGAAUAGAUUAGAGUAUUCUUGUUAUCAGAGAGUCUCUAGCUUUCUCACUCUUACUCCUCUACUCACCAGUUAAUCAUUAUGUCAUUACCCCCCACAACCCAUAUAAGCCUUCUCUUUAAACCAAACCCAGCAAAAUAACAGAAACAACUGUACACCCAUUUCAAAAACCCACCAGAAAGUUCUCAACUUUGGUUGCAGAGCUAUGAUCCCUUCAUCUCCUUCCAAGAUACUAAUUGGGAUCCCACUGGACCCAGAGGAAAGCAAUGAGCUUCUCUCUUGGGCCAUUCGAGUUCUUGCUAGCCCUUGUGACACCAUUGUUGCCAUCAAUGUGGUUGUUGAUGAGGAGCAGCCAAAGAAGAAGAAGGCUAAGAAGGGAAGUAGUGGUAGUAAGAGGGUGCAGUCCCGGGUUCGACAAGCGAAAACUCAUGUGAUUUCUGUGCUUGGAGAGUAUGCUUGGUGUUGCCAAUCCAAGCAGAUAAACUUGGAGGCAAAAGUUGGAUUCGGAUCGAGCAUUGAAGCUGGUCUGGUUCAUGAGUCGAACUCGAUUUCUGCUGACUACCUUGUUCUUCCUGGCUUGAGAAGCAGGUCCAACAGGACUUGGCAUGAGGUCAUCAAGUAUUGUUUUGAGCAUGCUGCUGAGGGGUGCUCAGUCAUCUCAAUUGGGAAGUCUCAACAACCAAAUCUCAACUCUGCUCUCCUCAAAGAAGUCCAUCAAUCAAGGUCAGAGUGGUUAAGGAAGGCAAAUGAUGACAGCAGCAGUCAAGGCUCCCCAGCCAGUGAAGAUCAUGAUAAGGAGAAUCUCACUACGAGACAGAAUGAUUCUCCUAGGACGGUGUUGGAAGGGGAAUCAUCAUAUUCAUCUCACAGCAGCAGUAAUGAAGAUGAGGUUUCCAGCAUCUCAGGUUCAACAGCUACAACAGGAACAGAAGAUCUCCCUUCCAAGUUGAUUCACAGCUCAAAGUCAAGAAGGCAAAUAAUGUCUCCUUAUACGGCCAUCAGCUCAUUCUUGACUUCAUCUUUCAGAAGAAGAAGAACUCAAAGCUUCUCUGGCAAACCUAAGCUAGUUCUACAACAUCAACAUCAGCAGCCUUUGCUCAAAUGCUUUACAUACGAGGAAAUCGCACAAGCCACCAGCGAUUUCCAUCCAGGGAAUCUAGUAGGAGUAGGAGGGUACUCAGAAGUGUAUAGAGGAGAUCUUCCUGAUGGAACAACCAUUGCAGUGAAAAGGUUAGCUAAGGACAACACAGAUGCUAGAAAGGAGAAAGAGUUCCUCACAGAAUUAGGGAUCAUAGGCCAUAUCUGCCAUCCCAAUACAGCAACUCUAGUUGGCUGCUGCAUUGAAAAUGGGUUCUACCUCAUCUUAAGCUUCUCUCAGAAUGGGAAUUUGGCCUCUGCAUUGCAUGGCAAAACAGAAGAGGUGCUUGAAUGGGAUACAAGGUACAGAAUAGCUCUUGGAGUUGCAAGAGGACUGCAUUACUUACACAAAUGCUGCAAGCAUCGCAUAAUACACCGCGACAUCAAGGCCUCCAACGUUCUCCUUGGACCUGACUAUGAACCUCAGAUAACUGAUUUUGGGCUGGCAAAAUGGCUUCCAAACAAGUGGACACACCAUGCUGUGAUCCCAAUUGAGGGAACAUUUGGUUACUUAGCUCCAGAGUACUUCAUGCAUGGGAUUGUGGAUGAGAAGACAGAUGUCUACUCCUUUGGAAUUCUGCUGCUAGAGAUCAUCUCUGGGAGAAGGCCUGUUGAUUCCUCUAUGCAGAACCUUCUCUUAUGGGCAAAGCCACUGAUGGAAUCUGGGAAUGUAGCUGAACUGGCUGACCCAAAACUGGAGGGCAAGUAUGAAGCAGACCAAAUGUACAGAGUUGUGCUAACAGCUUCAUACUGUGUUAGGCAGUCUGCAGCAUGGCGACCAUCAAUGAGUGAGGUCUUGGAGCUUUUGACCACUGGCCAACAAGAUUCUGAAGUUGCCAAGAGCAGGAGAAUACCGAAGUUUACAUCUGAUGAAUUGGAUGAUUUCUCCAUGGUUUAUGGAUAUGAUGUCCCUCUAGAGAUUGACUUGGAGGAGUAUUUGUGAGCAAAAAUAGAAAAGCAUUCAGCUUUCAGAAAAUUUUUGUAGUUUUCUUCUAACUUAUGCAUACAUACAUUGACCUAGGGACAAACCUCGAUCUAAUCCGCAUCAGACUGAAUCAUAUUAAGUUCACAUUUGGAUCGAGUCCAAUAAGAUGAAGUAUAUUUUUGAAAAUGGUCUAGUACGAUUCAUCAUCGUUGUAGUUCAAUUUGGACCGAAUCGGACCAUGUCUAGCCCUACAUAUUUUACUUGGAUCAUAACAUUUGUAUCAUUGAUUAAAUUUAAUGAAAGUAC